GGCGGCGCGGGGCGGGGCUCUGGGUUGUGUAGUACGUGUGCUUCCCAGCAGCGGUUAGCUCACGGCUACUUGUGAGGAGGCGACGCUACAGCGGAACUGAAACCAGAAACAUGGUGCUGCUCGAGAACGACUCGUUCCUCACAGAGCUCACGCGGCUCUUCCAGAAGUGCAGAACAUCUGGCAGCGUCGUCAUCACACUAAAGAAAUACGACGGACGGACCAAGCCGGUGCCCAGGAAAGGCCACACGGAGACGUUUGAACCGGCAGACAACAAAUGUCUCAUCAGAGCGUCUGAGGGCAAGAAGAAAAUUAGUACGGUGGUCAGCACCAAAGAAGUAAUCAAGUUUCAGAUGGCGUACUCCAACCUCCUCAGAGCGCACAUGGAUGGACUUAAGAAGAAAGAUAAGAAAAGCAAAAGCAAGAAAACCAAAGCCACCCAAUGAGCAACAGACUCUUUAAAAUGACCGUGGUUACCUUCACUGGCCUGUACGAUCAGAGGAGGAAAUGGGAGAGGGGACCUCCACUUGGUCUGUCGCCCCCCACCCGCAUUUCUACCCAUUCACCCGAAGGCCUCAGAAUCACUGUUCAUCCAACCGGCGACUGCUUUGAUUAUUGUGCCAUUGUUUGCAUGGUAACGUCUCACCCCUGGCUGCUCGGUGCCAUCGGCGUUCUGGGACAGGAAUACGUGAGGGCGUCUCGAAACUCUCACAAGAAUGAGGCAGGUCAACUGUCUUGAAUCCCCACGGCUCCAGAAACCAGGUCAUCAGCAGUCGUGUCAUCUCUGGAGCCAAAUCAAUGGAGCCUAAUGACUAUCUCUCUAAUUGUUAAGCGUCCCUAUUUAUGUUUUAUCAAUGGCCAUCCUGUUCCUUGGAAGGAUGUUUAAUUUUCCUGUUAUUUGAUUAUUUUUCUUCUUUUCUUGUAGGGAGGAUUGGCAUUUUAGCAUGGAUGCUCAGAAAUGCAGAAAUAAAUUUGAUCCGGCCUGUUUUUAUUUUUGAUCAAGCUUCACUCUAUUGGAUGUGGGUUGAUUUUUGGAUACAAAUUAGAAUUUUGUUCUUAUUUUACUUUUUGAAGUACAUUGAAUAUUCAUGGGCCCCCCCUUGUUGUCGAACCACAUACUGAGCCUUGAAAAACUGGACGUCUUACAUUGUUAAACCCCAAUAAAAUAUACAGCAUAGCUUCAGUUAAUGUGGUCAUUUCAGAGAUGCUGUUUCUGUAUGAUUUCACGAAUGAGUUAAAAUAGCACAUAAAACGUUAAAAGUAGAUUUACUGGAAGUCUUUUUUUUUCUGAAUACAGAUAUAUAGUAUUGGCUGUAAUUCUAAUAAUAUUCACUUCUGUUAAUCACAAUUACAAGGCAGGUUUAGCCACAGCCGCUUUACUUAGUCGGCCAUUUGUGUUGUCUCGUCACGCCCCCGAGUCCAGGUGUCACGGAAGAGGACUGCAGCAGAAGUUACGUUCAGAAAUAAAGUGCAUUGUUAAAAAUCA